UAAAUCUGAUGACUUCUCAGCCCCCUGUGACAUGAUAGAAUAGUGAAGUAAUUGCCAUGUUUAAGCAGUAAAUUAAUUUGGCGAGUAAAGCAUUUUUGUUUAAUAAAUAUUGUGUAUUCACCAUUCUACUACAUGUUGCAUACUCACUUCUCGCCACCUACUGGCGGAACGAUGUAUCCUGCACAAAGAGUCGCUGAACAAAUCAGAACAAACCUUUGGUGAAAGGAUUCAAACGAUUCGAAUCGCUGAGAUUAAAACAAAUGUGCUUGCGCAUUCUUGAUUGGGACAUGGACAUAAAUUAUUAUGCACAGACUGCCAAAACACAAGAGGAAAGCAUCAGUCUUCCUGACCUCUACUCGACAUCCCACUGUUCUCUUAAAGCACUCAAGUCAAAAAUAAGCACCUGGUUUGUAGGCCAAGGCAAAAACAGAACUUUCCAUUUCUAAUAUAAGCCUAAAUAUGAGCCAUGUAAGGUUAAGCGUAUGUUUAAAGACAUCAAACGCGUUCAAUUGUGUCUGUCACCGUGUGUGAACGCACCUCACAUAUCUAAUAGCAGCUGUCAACAUUAAUAGCCAAGGCUUGAAAUUCAUUUUCUAUUCGCGUCCGCGCCGACAGUAGUGCAGGUCGGGACACACACUGCGUCAAAAAAGUUGCACGUUACGAUACAGAAAUCCAAAUCUAGCACGGGAUAUCUGAAAGGCGAACAUGAGCUUCAUAACCGAAGCCCUUAACACAGUCCCACACCGGACUGAGUCUUGCUUGCUUGCUUAUUCGGCAAAAAACGUGCGGGGGGACAAACGUGUGCAAGGUUAAGCCCAAAGAAAACUGCUUUCUUCUGUUUAGUUCUCAGAUGCACAAGAUGGUGACUCCUGCCACCGCACUGACUCCUCCCACCACUGGAAAUAACAGUAAUUUCAACCAAUUCGUUGACUCAGAGUUUCGCUACACUCUGUUUCCUAUAUUCUACAGCCUGGUCUUUAUCUUUGGGUUGCUGGCCAACUGCUACGCUCUUUAUGUGCUGCACCGUAUGCGAGAGUCUAAAGCCAUGAAUGAGAUUCGAAUCUACAUGAGCAACUUGACCGUUGCAGACCUGCUGUUUGUGGUCGCUCUACCGUUCUGGAUUGACUACUUCAAGAAUCAUGGCAACUGGAAGAACUCAGAUGCCCUCUGUCGUAUCACAGGCUCGUUGUUCUUCAUCAACACAUACUGCUCUAUUCUCUUCCUUACUGUCAUCAGCAUUAACCGUUACUGGGCCGUUACCAGGCCGCUGGUGGCCGCUUCUUCUGACUGCUGGAGACGUGGAGCAAUCGUCUCAGCGUUCAUCUGGGUCGUUACUCUUGCAGCAUCAGUUAAAUACCUCACUGAUGAUGGAAUCCCGAAGAAUACGGAGAAUAACAACAUUUCUCGCUGUUUUGAGGGUUAUCAAAACGAAUCUUACUCUACAAAAUAUGCAAUGGCCGUCACGCACUUCAUCAUUAUUAGCUUAUUCUUUCUUGUUUUCUUGAUGGUGAUUAUCUGCAACAUCUCGAUCGCUCGAGCUCUUCUGCUGCAACCCAUCAGUCAGCCUCGAAGCAGCACAGGAAAACGUCCCGGUGGUACCAAGCGCAGAGCUUUAAGGAUGCUAUGUGCUGUCAUUGGCGUCUUUGUGAUCUGUUUCCUGCCCCACCACGUGGUGCAGGGUCCCUGGGUGUUGUCGGUGCUGUAUCUGAAGAAAGAUUGGAGUAAAGAAACACGGCAAAGCUUAAACGAUGCUCACCAGAUCACCCUCAUGCUUAUGGGGUUCAACUGCCUUCUGGACCCGCUGGUGUAUUGCUUCGCCACCACAAAGUUCCGCAAGUACAUCCAGAAUCAUUUCACAAAGGUCAAGAAUAACAAACACUGCUCACGCAACACAUUAAGCACGGCUGUGUCACUGAAGAGCAGACAUCAGAGUUAAUUUUUUCAUUAAAAAAAA